CUAUGACGAAAUUCACAACCACUCCAGAUGCAAUAGCCGCCCCAACAAAUUUUGAUGAUGAAACACCCGUAGCAGAGUUAGUGCGGUCCUUCGAUUGGGCGUCUACACCAUUGGGGCCCAUGGACAAUUGGCCUUUCUGGCUGAAGUCAGUUGUGAAUUUAUGUCUUUACUCGGUGAUUCCCAUCACAUUAUAUAUUGGACCUGAAAGAAGGAUGAUAUACAACCAGGUAUGGAGACCAAUUUUUCAGGCGGAUCAUCCUGAUGCCCUGGGGAAGCCUGGAUUAGAAUACUAUCCUGAUGCGCACGAACAACUGGAUCCAUUAUUUAAAGCAGCCUUUGCAGGAAAAGGUCAAUUCCAAGAAGAGUUCCCUGCAUAUCUUAAUAGAACUGGCUAUUUAGAAGAGAUAUUCUGUACAUUUUCGCUCAGUCCUAUAUUUACUGAUGAUGGGGGAAUAGGAGGAGUAAUCUGUCUUUUGCAAGAGAUUACACAAAAAGUUCUUAUGACUAGAAGACUGAAAUUAUUAAAGGAACUUGCUAAUGGAACGCAAGGAGUAAAGUCAAUUCAAAGUGUUUGCCAUUCAAUUACCAAGAUUUUCCGUGAUAAUAACGCGGAUAUACCGUAUGCAAUAUUAUAUCUUGUUGAAAAUCAAAAAAGAGAACAUGAAGACAAACCACAAAGAGUACAACUAGAAGCUACAACAUUUGAUCAUGAUUUACAGCUUUUUAAAAGAGCCGAUGGUUCUGACGAAUAUAUCUACAUACAUGGUCAAUCCAGCAGAGAGCUACCCGAUAAUUUACUAAGGACCCCUGAUCUGAUAAACUUGACAGAUUCCAGGCAAGAUACUGACAGCAUGCGUGCAUAUACUGAUGCAUCUAAUCCGUGGCCAAUAAAACGCGCGGUGUUCAAUGAUGAGAACGUAGUUAUAAGAUUGCCUGACAACUCUAUAGCCGUAUUGUGUCCAGUGUCUUCAAUAUACUAUGGGAAAAGCGUAUUGACUGCUGUGGCGAUAUUUGGCAUUAACAAUCAUCGAGUAUUCGAUAACGAAUAUAAAGAAUUUCUCCAACUUGUUGUUGGCCAAAUGAGUUCUAGCUUUACACGAAGUCGAGCGCGAGAAGGAGAACAGAAACGAAAAGAUGUGCUGGCUGAGUUAGACAGACAAAAAAUCGCGUUCUUUCAAAGCAUCAGUCACGAAUUACGAAGUCCGCUGACUUUAAUGCUUUCACCUUUGGAGGAGGCAACUGGGUUAUGCUCGGAGAGCUCUCCAAUAUUAGGUCAUCUCAAACGAAUUCGAAAUAGUAACCGAAGAUUAUUAAGCUUAGUAGAUAAUUUACUUCAGUUCACUCAUGUAGAAACAAAUAGACUUUUGGCAUAUUUUUUUGAGUCAGACAUUGCAAAGUUAACAAAAGAUUUAGCGGCAAGUUUUGAAAGCAUGGCAAAAUCUUUCGGUCUUUAUUUUAAUAUCGAUAUUCCUAGUGAUCAAGAUCUUGCAUGCCAAAUGAAACAAAAAGUAUUUUUGGACAAUGAGAUGUACGAAAAGAUACUGUUUAAUUUAUGUUCAAAUGCAUUUAAUUAUACGUUUACCGGUGGAGUGACUGUCCGAUUAUUUGUAGAGAAAAAAGAUGACAGAGAAGGCGUAGUACUUGAAGUAUCCGAUACAGGCAUCGGUAUACAAGAAAAGCAUCUCUCAAACAUCUUCCAACGCUUCUACCGCAUCGAGUCUCAAGAUUCACGCGGUCAUGAAGGUACUGGGAUUGGCCUUUCUCUAGUUAAGGAGCUCAUCAUGCAACAUGGUGGUGAGAUCUCGGUUAAGUCGAAAGUGGGCAUUGGUACUACCUUCCGUGUUUGGUUUCCCACCGGAUAUGAACAUCUUCCGAAGAAACAAGUUCACUUUUGUGCCGAACGAAACCAACUUUAUCCUGGCGUCUCACAUGGAAACGAAUCUCAUUCGACUAUUGACUUGUACCUGAGCGAGUGUAUGCAACGUAUGCAAUAUUCAGAAACUGAUGAGCUGUCCAGUAAGCAUGAUCACCGUGGUUUGGUACAAACCUAUGAUUUGCCUUCUAUGCCAUUAAAAAAACAGUUGCAUGCGGAUCUCGAUUAUGUCAACACUGAAAAUACAAGAGCCCUUGUCUUAGUUGUCGAUGAUAAUACGGAUAUGAGAAACUAUUUGAGUGCUCUGAUUAAGAAACAGUACGAUUGUCUCUGCGCUGUUGAUGGUCAUGAUGCGCUCAAAAUCGUAAAAAGUUCGCCACGAUUACCUGACUUGAUUCUUUGUGAUGUCAUGAUGCCAAACGUGGAUGGCUAUGAACUGCUUACUGCACUGCGCAACGAUCCGAAAACGCAAACGAUACCGGUGAUUAUGAUGUCAGCUUUAACAGGAGAAGCCAGUGUUGAAGCAUUGGAAAAAGGGGCAGACGAUUAUAUAGUUAAACCAUUUAACGCUCGUGAACUUAUGGCUCGCGUUCGUGUGAACAUCAAGCUUUAUCAUGUCCGUCGUCAACUUAUUGCGGAACAGCAGCAUAAUAUUGAGUUUACGCAAAUGUUAUUUACGAUUGGGAACAAAAUACGCUCUGGUUUCGGGGUACAAGAAACCCUUGAGACUGCCAUUUCAGAAAUUAAAAAAGUUUUAUCAUGUGAUUCUUUGAUGAUAACUAAGGAUCUUAUUGCGGAAGAAGGAAAUGGCUGUAAGGUGAUGGCUGCUUCGUUGCAUUCAGCAAUCGGUAUACAAGAUGGUAUUGUUGGGUGUAAAUUUUCAUGUUCAGCUGAUGACAAAAACACGGCCGGUAGUGAAACCUCAACAAUUUCGGAGUGUACUAUUGACCACUGUCAUAGACAUGCAAGAUCACAUAUGCUAUUGUAUGAAGAAUGUGAUUCUGACAACUUGGAUGUAAAAAUAUGUACAGAUUGCAACUCGAGAAUAUUGCAUCAGCAUGUUUCCAUUAUCAGUGUACCUAUUCGUCUGAAAUCAUCUCCUUGGGGAUGGUUUGUUGCUUACCGCCAACCAGGUAGUAAUUGGACAGAGCGGGAGAGAGCUUUCCUGCGACAGGUCUCAAACCAAACGAGUCUAGCCAUCAGCCAUGCCAUCCUUGUCGAAGAGAAACUAAAGCGAGAAGCACAAGUCCAGGCUGCUAAAGAAACUAAUAAAGCCAAAAGUCUGAUAUUAACCAAUACGUCUUAUGAGCUUCGUACUCUGUUGAACACAAUUUCUGGGACACUCACUGCGUUUGAAAGGACACCCCUUACACCUGAACAUCAGGAUGUUGUUGACGUAACAUCACGUGGAACCAAUGCUGCCCUGUCCGUAGUGAACGAUAUCCUAGAUGCAGCGAGUUUGAGAAAACACGAGCUUACUUUGAUAAACCGUACCUUUGAUUUAUUUGAUUUUAUAGAAAAGACUAUAAUAGUAUUUGGUGAGCGUGCGAGCGCAAAGGAGCUUGAGUUGAUCGUUUUAUAUGAGCCACUGGUACUUCCGAAAUAUGUAAAGACAGAUCCGGAGAGACUGCAACAAGUGAUACUGAAUCUAUUAUCUAAUGCGAUAAAGUUUACGGAUAGUGGUCAAAUUGUAGUAAAACUGUCAAUAAGAAACAGCGAUGAUAUAACAGUUGGUGAUAAAUUUUGCGACAACUAUAAGGAUCGCAUAUAUGUGGAAGUAUCAGAUACUGGUGUGGGCGUUGAUCCGGCGUCUAUUGAACGUAUUUGGGAAAGUUUUUAUCAAGGAGAUGCUUCGAUGACUCGUGGUAAAGAUGGUACUGGCUUAGGUCUCUCUAUAUGUAGAAAUCUAAUUAACCUGAGCGGUGGUGAAUCUGGGGUUGAAAGUGAGCUUGGUAGAGGAAGUAAAUUCUGGUUUAUCUGGAAUAUCGAACGUAUGCCUCUGUCAACUGUACCAAUGUUACAUGACCAUAACACUUUGCAAGCUCAGCCAGACCAACCGAAAUGCCAAGGCUUUUUGUCAGCAAAAUCUAGAAAAGUUCUUAUUAUCGAUUCUGUGGAGGUGGCUAGAUCAGCUUACGCUACUCUGAUAGGAGGAAGCGUCGAAGCGGUAUAUACAUAUUCAGAUUGUAACAGCGCACUUGAGGCGGCCAGAGAACAUAAAAAGAAAUACGGUAGACCCCUUUGCGAAUUUGUAUUUUUCAGCGUGGGAAACAAUAAUGCUAUGCAAGUCGAGAAUGUGGCCAAAGAACUGAAGCAUAUCUGUGGAAACCAUUUAUCGAUUGUGUUGAUGGUGUUCUGGUCAAUUGCAGGAUGCUCUCUCGGAAAGGAUAUGAUCGAAAGAAUAGGAGACAAUGCUGCCGCUAUCUGUAAGCCAAUAACACGGAAGCGUAUGAUGGAAUGUAUUUCAAAUUUCGAUAUGUUUAUGACUGGGCCUGGAAACGAGAAUAACGAAAAGGUUCGUCUGUCGGCGUAUGACAAAUCUUAUUAUCAUAACCGACCUGUAACUAGCUAUCCAGACGGACCAGCGGUGGUGCGAGGUGUUAAAAUGUCCUCAAAAAGUGAGAGUGAAUUUAAGCCUGAAGCUGUCACUGUUAGACCUCUUCCAAUAAAGAGAUUGGCUUCUAGCGAACUCAGGGAUCAACAUAACGAUGAGGAAAGAACAGACAUUUCAAGAAGAAGAAUUGCAAAAUCAUCUAAAUAUAUACUUCAUGUGGAAGAUAACGCCACCGAACGAAAGGUUGUCCAAAUACAAUUGGAAAAGUUAGGUUACCGGUAUAUAAAAGCAGAAAAUGGAAAAGAAGCUGUUGAAUUUAUGAAGACGAGAUUUGGGAAGAGUCAAUGCGAAAGCAGCAGUAGUUCUAACGCGGUUGACUCUCAGUCAUUAGAAACCAAAACGGAUAUAUUGUUGAUUCUGAUGAACUGUUCAAUGCCUGUUAUGUCGGGAUUUGAAGCAACUCGAGCAAUCAGGUUAUUGGGUCCGGAAUUUCAGAAGAUUCCGAUUAUUGCAUUGACCGCAUCUGCCACAGCAGGAAUUCGUGAAAAAUGUUUAGAGGCCGGCAUGAAUGACUGUAUAAUAAAACCAUCAUGGUUGAAACCUUUGAAAGAGAAGCUGACUGAAUUGUUUGGUGAGGAUUAA